UUUCAUUUGUUGUGUCGACUGCACUGAUUCCCUGAUUUCACCAAGACUGAGGCAUAAAGCCUACAUGUUUCAAUGAACUGCUGUCGUCAAUUAGGCUUCCAAAGACAAACUUUUCAUCUGAUAGUGAGAUCCUGGUGUCAUCCAACCUAAUAUGAGCAAACUCUGCACCUCUGUGUCACUUCCCGCUUGAAUCCACUAGAUGGAGUUUCAUGAUGACUUUCUGGACGCUGCUUGUGAGCUGGCUGCUUGAAGAAUAGCUGGUUGAUGGAGUUUGUGCGGCGGAGUGGUGACUACUGCCACGCCCAACACAUUUAGACCCUAUCUGGGAUGAAGCUGCACCAUGCAGUCUUGGGACCCUAAACCCUGAACAACCAUUCCCCCUCGCCCUCUGAACCAGCCAGCUCAUGGGGUAACAAGUGGAGCUUCGACACUGGAAACUAACUGGAGAGAGAAGGAACGCGACAGCAUACUGAGACAGACAGAGAAGGACUGAAGCAGUGACAAUCAUACAGAAAAACAAAGACACUGAUAGAGAGAACUGACACACUGUUGCCUCUUGGACUAUAGGAUACAGUCAACUGAUGGGAUAAAACAGUAUUCCAGACAGCUGGAGCUCAGAAUUGGGAAAAUAUCUUGAACUGCUGCAAGGUCUCGCAACAGGAAGUUACACAACAAACAGGAAGUUAAGAAUCACCUGGAGACCUGAUAUAAGUUGAAGAAACAGCAGCUAACUGCUACAGCUGAAGCUUAAGUAUACUACAUACUAACACUGCAUUAAUUAUUUUUGAUUACAAAAUUAGCCCCCACCAGUAGAAUGUUACAAAUUUAUUAACAGUCCAAAAUCAGGAAUAGAAAUAACACCUGAAUUUUAUUUUAAGAUGAUUUUUUCCAUUUAAUUUCUCUUGAAGGCCAUGCACACAGGUGUUUUCACUCUGGUUGAUUAGACCAGGUUAAAGUUGGAUGGAUCUGUACUGCAAAUCACAUGAGGUCACCAAACUCACUGCACCAAUAAGAACGAUAAAGAUGUGAGAUGUCAAUCAAGCGUGGUUUGUACCCGCCCACGCAGUGCUUAGACAAAGUCUAAUCAAGCAAAUAAGUGAAAACAGCUGUGAGGGCGUGCCGUGAGAGUGUAAGGCCUUUAACUGCUGCAUUGCAUUUCUUUCUCAACACUGUUGGCCCAGUACAAGCCUUUUCUCUACAUUGUGUGAGGCUCACAUGCAAGGACAGCAAUAUGUGAACUUGUCACAUUUUGUUUUGUGAUGUUUCAAGAUUAUUGCCAGUAUACUGUGACUUAAAACACAUUUUACCUUUAAGGUCAGAGGACACCCUUGGAUUUCAAAGGUCACAUUGGCCGCCAUGAACCGUCCAGCUCCAGUGGAACUGUGCCACAAGAACAUGAGAUUCCUCAUCACACACAACCCCACAGACAGCACACUCAGCUCCUUCAUAGAGGACCUGAAGCGAUACGGUGCCACCACAGUGGUUCGAGUCUGUGACAUCACCUAUGACAAAGCGCCGCUGGAGAAAGAUGGCAUUACUGUGGUGGAUUGGCCAUUUGAUGAUGGAGCCCCACCCCCCAGUAAGCUGGUUGAUGAUUGGUUGAGUCUGCUGAAGAAGAAGUUUCAGGAGGAUCCAGGAUGCUGUGUGGCUGUUCAUUGUGUGGCUGGACUGGGAAGGGCUCCUGUGAUGGUCGCUCUGGCUCUGAUAGAGAGUGGGAUGAAGUAUGAAGACGCUAUUCAACUCAUCAGACAGAAACGCCGCGGAGCCAUCAACAGCAAACAGCUAACCUACCUGGAGAAAUAUCGAUCCAAGCAGAGACUCCGCUUUAAAGACUCUCAAACACACAAGAACAAGUGUUGCACCAUGUGAACACACACACACACACUGUCACAAGACCUCCACACACUCAGACAUCUUGUACCCCUCGACAAAAAGCUCUCAGGAAUCGAACCGUACAAGCCUUGUGUCACUGUCACACACACAUACUAAAAUAUAUAUAUA